AUGGAUGAUAUGAAAGUGAGAAUAGCUGGCACAAUGAAAAGCAUUAAAGAUAUCGAUCCGAAAAUAAUUCGCGAAUGGGAUGCAGCAAUUGCAAAAGAGAAUGCAAAGGAGAGUGCGAGUGGGCGCAACGCCAAAGAGCGAUGGAAGCUGUUUAAGAAUAUUUCACGGUUUGGAAUUUUACAGCGAAAUCCAACGGAAGAGGACAAUUUAUCUUCGUCUGACUUACCACUUCCAAUUGAUGAAUGUAACGAUAAUGAUUUCGAUUUUCCAAUGCUACGCAAGAAGCAUCAUAAUGACAACGAGAAAGCAUUUCGUGUGACAUCGUUGCAAUUGAAUGUCACACCAAAGAACAAGCAGCCACUAGCACGUCACAUCUCAUCACCAACACGAUUCAAUUAUAGCACAAAGUUGAAGGACAAUAAUCGCACAUCAGAUGGAUCGUCAUUCAGCAGUAAAAUGAGCAUAAGAGGAUUCAUACGACGAAUGUCCGAACGACGUCAACGACCUACUGCAGAAUCUGAUUUUAUGCGUGACAGGAGGAAAACUGCAGUAAAUAAAACAAUGUCAAUCCGUAAGCAAUAUCCAGUAUUGUUUGCACUUCUUGAGACUAUUUCCAACAAUAUACACUAUUAUAAUGUCUUGAAAUACAAAAAUAAUUUUGACGAAACGAGACUGAUUUAUUGUGAUAGAUAG